AUAUAUAUAUAUAUCUGUAUAUCUACUACACUACUCCAGAAAACGACACCUUUCAGCCCACAAUACAAUGUCCGCCGUCGCCGCCGUUCCCCGGCUACCCUGCCAGCUACUACGGAUACGGACGCGUACGGGUGUGGGAGCUUCUUCACGGAUAAUAGCUGCUGGGCAUGGGGUUGCUCGAGGACAGGCGGCGCAGGUGCCGGUGCAGCGGUGCUGGAGUGGUAGCUUGAAGAAUGCUGUUGGUGUUGGUGUUGGUGUUGGGCCCUGUGCGGGUGUGCGGUGGUUUUCUACUGGGGGUGUUUGGAGGCAGGAUGCGUCUGGGGAAGCGAGUGGGAAUGGGGAGCAGAAAAAAGAGAUGGAGUUUAAGACGUAUGGGUUUGAGGAGAUAACCGCCUCCCUCCCCACCAGCUCCAGCAGCUCCAGCUCCAGCCCCCCCUCCCCAAUCCUAAUCGACGUCCGCGAACCCGCCGAACUCACCUCGACCGGCAUAAUCCCCACAGCCCACCACAUCCCCAUCCGCACACACCCAGACGCCUUCUUCCUUCCCCCCGACGAAUUCCUCACCCGCUUCGGCUUCGCGAAGCCCGAGGCUGAUGCGCCACCACCAUCCCCAUCCCCAUCCCCAUCCUCUUCUUCUUCAACAGCAACAACAGCAACACCAACGAAGCAGAAACCCGACAUCGUCUUCUACUGCAAGGCGGGCGUGCGUGCGCGGUCGAUGGCGAUGCUGGCGGCGCAGGCGGGGUAUGAUCAAGGACGGUUGGGGGUGUAUUAUGGGAGUUGGUUGGAUUGGGAGAAGAGGGGGGGUCCGGUGGAGAGGUGGGAGGGGAAUGGAGAGGGGGAGGGAUAGAGGGAGGGAGGGAGGGGAGUUUUCUUAGGGUGAUUAGAUGGUAAUGGAUUUAUAAAGGAUUGAUUGAAAAGAGGAAAGGAAGGAGGAGAGGGAAGGAGUUGUUGGUGGGGGGAGGGGGGGGGGGGUGGCUUUUGUUCUAUUUGGCUGGAUACGGAAGUAGAAAUGAAAUUGCGCAUGCUGUGUAGGAAUGAUUCAAGCAAAGCUGAAAGAGUACAGUCUGUUUCUUGGAGAGAAUAUUUUUUCUUCUGUUUUCUUGUUUUCUCACUAUGAAUGAUUCACCAUUUCCAUCAUUGCUUCAAUUGAAGAGGAGAGAGUUCAUGUAUUAUUGCCAAUUGCCAAUUAAUGAAGUUUGCUAGUGUCGCCCUGCGCUUAUCAUCUCUUUCAAUCAUUAUUUUUUGUUUUUUUCAUUCAUUUUGUGUUGUAGAUACAUAACAUCAAAGAAGAUUUAGCUGCCGUUUCCCAAUCCACGUAUGAAUGAAGUGGCUGUUGGAGACAUGAAAAAAAAAAAAAAAAAAAAAAAAAGAAAAAAAAGAAAAAAAAGGAGCCAUUGAAGUAGAGAAAGAGAGAGAGAGAGAAAAUGGGAGUGAACAAGAGGGGAGAGGGGAAAGUAAAAUAAAAUGGUUUUUGAUAUAAAGAAAUCAACAUGACAGGCUUUUUUUCUUUUCAGAACCAGGUUUAAGUUACAUUAAAAAGGAAAGCAGACAAAAAAGAUCAGAUAUGAUAAACGCAUCGCCGUCUUUAUGAAGGAACCAAACCAGAUCAAAGCACAAGAGAGCAAGAG